AUGAACGCCGACUCGGCUGAUGAGGAGGGCGGCAGCAGCGGCAAGAAGGCGGGUCGGACGGCCAACAAAACGCCUCCAGCGCAAAAGAACACCCUCUUCAACUACUUCAAACCGUCCAGCGAGAAGAAGGCGAAUGGUACCAGCAGCAGCAGCGGCAGCGGCAGCCAAAGUACUCCUCCUUUCACCAGUGUCAAGGACAAGGCAAGUGGCGAAGAGAAGGAGAAGGAGAAGAAGGCGCCGGUGGAGAUUGGCGACGACUUUAUGACCACCACGCUGACCAAGGGCAAGCCGGCGGUGGUCAAAGCCAGUGAGCAGACCUCCUCCUCCUCAUCGAGUAAGCCCAAGGAGUCAAAGGCCAAAGAGGAGCCCAAAAAGCCUUCAGCAGCAGCAGCCGCAGCAGCUUCCAGCUCAAAGUCGGCCACGAAGGAGUCCUCAAAAGAGAAAGAGAGCGAGAGCAAAUCUUCAAAGGUGAAAGCAACCAUGGAGGAAACUGCCCCCAAAAAGCCAUCACCUAAACCGUCUCCGCUGAAGGAUGAUGAAAAAAAGAAGCCACCGCCACCACCACCACAAGUGCCUGCUAAAAAGCAAGAGCUGACGCCGAAGAAGAAGGAGCAGCAGCAGCAGCCUGCUAAGAAAGAGCUCACGCCCAAGAAGGAGCCGACGCCCAAAAAGAAGGAGCAGACACCUAAAAAGGAGCCGCCCAAAGCUUCGGAGCCUGCUAAAGCGGCAAAAGCCCCACUUUCUUCCUUCACCACCACCACCACCACGGCACUUCCCCGUCUGCCCGAGACGAAGCGAGUCUCCGACCUGUGGGUGGACAAGUACCGGCCGAGCAGCACCAAGGCGGUGAUUGGCCUGCAGGGCGAGCGCAGUCCGAUGAACAAGCUGCGGAAGUGGCUGCGCAACUGGCACCUCAACCUCGACCAGAAGCCGGUGGGAAAGUGGGGCGGCGGUGGCGGCGGAAGUGACGACGGCGCCGGCCUCCGUGCCGCCCUCCUCAGCGGCCCGCCGGGCAUCGGCAAGACGACGACGGCGCAGCUGGUCUGCGCGGAGCUCGGCUACGACUACCUCGAGCUGAACGCCUCGGACGUGCGGAACAAGCGGUCGCUGCACGAGGACGUCGGCGAGCUGCUGGCCAACACCAA